UAGCCUGUCUUCUGGAUGAAUGCAGAGGCUUAAUGUCACGUUGUGGCAGCAUGGCUCACAUGGCAGGCAGUGGUAGUCAGAUCAUCAAAUUGCCAUCUACAGAAGACCACUCCCGUAUCCCGUAUCGUUCAGAAACUUACUUCAACAACCGUCUGACUCUUGUCGGCUCCCUCCGCAGGCAAUGCCAUCUCUGGCAUGAACUGCAGCCUCCUCCCCUCGAACCCAGAGUUAAAGAGCUUACCACUAUCGAGGCUCCAGAGAUGGGGCAUGCCAUAGGGCGGAACAAUCAAACCACCGUUCCGUGGUGGAUUUCUUUGGUUCGUGGAAUCCUGUGUUAUUGACACUCGAAACCUCCAGACUGAUGCAUCAAAACCAUAUCCGGAAAAACCUCGUCUUAGCUGGUUUAUAUCUGGUUUUGGGUCUAUUUAUGGCCUAGUCAGCUUGACUCAAGCUCUUUUUUGGUCAUUCUCAAUCCUUCAUCGGACGACAUUGGUCUCUUUUCAGUGACAUGACGCGGACAAUCUCUUAACAGUCUUGAAAAGGCCGCAAUCGAGAACGUUCUACUGCUUCAUGCAUCGUAUUUCGUAUCAUCGAAGCACCAGCGUGCCGGUCGAUGUCCUGACCGCCUUUCGCCUGUGACACUCGAGAAGGUUUUUCUGGGAAAACUCCAUGAAAUUCUUGUUUUCCGCUGGGUGAGAUUAUUCCUCCAUCUAUCGCAAUUUGUAGAGGCGAAAAGAGGCUGGAGAGUGAUUGAAGGAUGCGACUGAGCCAAAAGCAAUUUGUCUGGAACAACCUCUCAAAUUGCCUGAUAAGUACCUCCUUCGAAUAUGGAUCUAAGCAUUAUUGAUAGAACCAGUUUGCCUCAUUGCUUAUUGGUCAUUCCCAGCUUUCUUUUCCAUAUUCCCUAAUUAAUCCCUUGUCAGAACUCUGGUAGCCUUGCGUUCAUUGAGAUACUACGGCAUGGUUGGUGGAUUUCCAAUCGCGUCUUUUGUGGUACCGAAAGCCACUUGUUGGACCUCUGAGCUUGAGUGGUGGGAAGGUUGUAUUUUGGAAAUCCAUUGCUCUUGGUCGCUUUGAAGUUGUGCUCAUUCUGUCUGAUUGUUGUUUCCUUAGGUGCAUAUCGUUAAUACUUUCCGUCAGUCUACCCCCACUCUUACCAAUAUCUGCGAGUUUUCGGAGAGCUCCAUCCAAAGAGAUAAAUGUCGAUAGUUUCUUUGGUCAAUAUAUGUGGUAUUUGAUAGAGAUAGUGGGGGCUCAAGAAGGAACAAGUGACCUACGAUUAUUCUCAAGUGGGAUUACAGUAGCUGAACCCAAAAAGCUGACGAUGUUGUUCUGAAUACACUUACGUAUCAAGUCUUCUGCCAUUGUGUUUGGUGAAAUCACAACUGCUCCGCAGAAGAUUCAAAAGACCUACUCCUUUGAAUCCUCCAUGGCCUUUCCCCAUCAGCAUCAACCACUCCACAAUAGACUUCAAGGCCCUAAUCAAAGCAUGCAAAACGCUGUUGCACCGCCUUAAUUCCCAUAGCAUUUGCGAGAUUGGGAUUUAGGCAGUGCUCCGUUGCGUAUGAAUCCGCGGUUGAAUGAAUCUCGCUGCCGAUUUGCCAUUUGAACAGAAUGGCAGAGCAAUCUCGUGUUCCAACUUCCGGCUGAGUUGGUCGCAAGCCAUUUUGAAGUAUCAGGCCCAUUCGCCCGAUGGGUACGCUGCACAAUAUGACCCAGUGAAAUGGUAUCGGCUGAUUUGGUGCAUUAGAUUACUGGAGUUUAUCAUUUAAGAUUCUGGACGUUAUUGACAUGAAGUUAUCGCAAGAUGUUGGACAUCAGAAGAAGAACAAAACUCAUCAAGUCGUCCUCAGUCACCGACCUCCGAAGAUGACCCGCUUCAAAGAACACCAUCGUCAUCGAGUCUCCAAAGACCCACGUUUCUCCCACUGUCAGUUUGGUGCUCCAUUAAUCCCCACCCACGAACUCCAGAUUUUGAGGGAAUGGGGGAACUGGGGAGCCCCAAGUUUUCAAAUGCUUGAAGCUCACAAAAUGGAAACCCCGAAUUUGGCGCGUGAAAAGGAGAGCAUGUUGGCGUCCACGAAUCGUGGGUUUCGCACUUCCAGAGCUUUUUGGGGGGCCGUUGGGUCAGGCCCGAGAUAGUUCCGCGUCCUUUCGUACAUUUGCAUACGGUAUGUGGCAAAUUGACUCUCUGGCUUCCCCAUGGAGAAGGACCCUACGACCGGGUUUUUAGUAAUGGAUAUUGGUCUUGGAUUUCUUAUUUUUUUAUCACUCUCAAUUUACUUCCGAGAAGAAAAGCUGAUGAUUCAGUCAACGACUCUAGAUGUUCAUCGCCAGUCGCAAUUAAGAGUGCUUCGAGUGUUCACUGUUGUCCAUUUGAGGCUCCACAAGUGCAGAAAAUGAGGGUCUUCUUUUCGGGCCGGGCCCGAUUUUAUGGAUCGCUGUCCCGGGGAUUACCACCGAACACGACGUCAUUGUAUUUUUUCCAAUGCUCCAGAUGCUGUUUACGUUGACCAAGUUAUAGAGUACAUCUGGAAGUGUGGAGUACGAAUUCGCUCCUGGUGCCUAAGAUGCCCCAGAUUCUCCUCGCUGUAAUCCAGUCCUGCCACAACUCUACUAUCCGAGCUCCACCCAACCAACCUCGCAAGUGCCAGUGAACCGGCACGAUGGAAAUGAAUUCAAGGAGCUGAAUCAGAUGACAUCGUCAUAAUUUCUCAAACCGGAUGCGCCGUACUACUCUACUCUAGUACUCCAUUCGGUCUGGGGAUUGUUGCUCCACUCCCCAGAUUUUCCAAUUGUAUAAGAUAUAUCUGAUUCCUCAUUCUUUAUCUCCUUUUAUCCAAAUCAAUCAACAUCAACGUUUUCCACCAUCAUGAAUAAACUCAAUUUCUCCAAGAAGAAGCGUGAUUCUUCGAAUAGCUAUAAUUCGACCGCUGUGCCUUCUGCUAAUGGUUCGCCGAGAAACACCAUUGAUCAUGUCAGCGAGAAACCAGUUGCACCUGUAGCCGACCAUGCGGCAAAUUCAGAAAAAGUACCUAGUGUCACUAUGAAAACGUUUUUCAUGACAAUUCUAGUCGCAAUGGGUGGAUUCAUCUUCGGUUAGCAUAUCCUAAUCCAGUUCCAGAAUUCUACUAACACGCACUCAGGUUACGAUACUGGACAAAUCAGUGGUUUCUUAGAGAUGGAUGUUUUCUUGGAAAUGUUUGGAGAGGAAGGACCUAUUACCGAAAAAAGCCCUACUGGAUACCACUUCACAAAUGUUAGAUCUGGACUGAUUGUUGGUUUACUUUCGAUUGGUACUCUGGUUGGAUGUUUAAUCGCUGGACCACUUGCAAAUAAGUUUGGACGAAAAUGGUGCAUUCCUCCUUGGUGUAUGGUUUUCUGUCUUGGUGUUGUUAUCCAGGUUGCCGUUGGAGAUGGUAUGUGGGUUGGUAUUGUGAUGGGUAGAUGGUUGGCUGGUUUGGGUGUUGGUGCUCUUUCUGUUCUUGUGCCUUUGUAUAUGGCAGAAACAUCUCCAGUUUCGGUUCGAGGAGCGGUUAUAUCGUAAGUACCGUCACUUUUCUGUGAUGUGCUCAACUAAUUUUACUAGAUGUUAUCAACUCUUCAUCACUAUCGGUAUCUUCACAGCAGACUGCAUCAACUUCGGCACAGAAGCUAGAACUGAUACUGGCUCAUAUCGUAUCCCUAUGGCCGUGGGAUUCCUCUGGGCCAUCAUCCUCGGUGCAGGAAUCAUGUUCCUCCCUGAAUCACCCCGUCACGAUUGGAACCACGGCCGUUCAGACAGAGCACGAACAACCAUGUCCAAAUUUUAUGGUGUCUCCGAGACCCAUCCCAUCAUCGUUAACGAAACAAGGGAAAUCCAAAGUAUCAUGGAAGCCACCCAAGGUGACCACCCAUGGUACGAAGCUGUCACAGGUCCACGUAUGUUCUAUCGUGUCGCCCUCGCUAUGUCUUUGCAAAUGCUCCAACAACUCACGGGCGCAAACUACUUCUUCUACUACGGCACAACCGUCUUUUCCGGGGUCGGAAUCGACAACUCCUUCGUCACCUCCAUGAUCCUGGGCGGUGUCAAUGUGGGUGCGACCUUCCUGGGUGUCUACAUGGCAAAACACACUCGUCGUCGUGAGACACUUUAUAUCGCUGCUCUCUGGCAGUUCGUCUGUUUCCUCGUCUUCGCAUCCGUCGGACAAUUCCUCUUCAAGAACGCACCCGAGGGAUCAUCCAUCGCCAAAACUGCAGGCACCGUCAUGAUCGUCUUCGCCUGUCUCUUCAUCGUCGGCUUCGCCUCCACCUGGGGUCCCCUCGUCUGGGCCUGCAUCGGCGAAAUGUUCCCCUACCGCUACCGCGCCGUCGCCAUGGCAUUCGCCACGUCCGCCAACUGGUUCUGGAACUUCAUGCUCGCCUUCUUCACGCCCUUCAUCACGGGCGAGAUCCAAUUCGCCUACGGCUACGUCUUCGCGGGCUGUAACCUGGCGGCGUUUGUGGUGGUCUACUUCUUCCUCAUUGAAAGUAGCGGCAAGACGCUGGAGGAGGUUGAUGCGAUGUAUCUCAUGCAUGUCUCGCCCCGCAAGAGCGCCAAGUUCGAGUUCGAUCUUGAGACUAAGACCCAUUUGAAGGAGAUGAUUAAUACGGAUGCGAUGCAUCUUACGGGACGGGGACGGAAUAUGAAGAAGGUUAAUGAGGGCUCCCGGGAGGCGUUUAUGCAUAGUGAGAAUGUGCCUGUGCAUACGGGGCCGGCGGUUAGUUCGGGGGCUAAGCCUUGAUUGAUGGGUUGAGGGGAGGGUUUUGUUUCUCUCGUCUUUUUGGAUGGUGUUUGUGGUUUAUAGUACCCCAUUUGUGGCAUUUCUAGGCGUUUUUGGGGGUGUUGGUGUAAUGCUUUUUGAGCGAGUCAUGGAUAGAUGGUUUAUAUAUCUAGAACGAGGUCAUAGAUGGUAAGUAGGUUGUGUAUCAUACCCUAGAUUCAAAAAUCAAGAUUCGAA